AUGGCAAUGGAUGAUGCACAAUUCCUUGCGCUGGCAAAGGCUUUGGCACAAGAGGUCCCCAGCGCGUUCCCUAAACGCUGCCGUGAAGCGGUUGAGGAUCUUCUCGAGAAAGCAAAUGAGCGCGGUAAGGACUUGGCACCAGAUUUGUGCAAGGCGCUCAUCACCUUUGUUGGUAGCGUAGCAGCCCCGCGGGUGGCAAUGCAAUGCUCGUCGUUGCAAUUUCAAUGUCUGGAGCUAUUGGCCCGUGCAGGUUUGGCGGUCAAGUCCUACGAAGAGGAUGCAAGCAAGGCUGACGUGCAAGCCUUUUUCUUCAAGUUGAUGAAGAAGGAGGCGAAAACACAGCCGUGCUUUAAGCCUCGAGUCAUGGUGUUGAUGUUGCAGUACCUCCUGCGCUGGCUGCAGUCCAGCAAUGCUGCCAAAAGUCUUUCAAAGGAAGGCGCCUUUAAGGCAGAAGUGGUGGUUUCCCUGUUGGAGACCUUGAGUGCGGAAAUGGCCCGCUGCAUCCGCUGGCCUCCGAGAUGGCAGCUCAAGGCCACCCGAACGCUGCAAAAGGUCCUGGCCACGAUUCCGGAAGUUUCCCUUCCGUGGGCCUUGGCCUUCCUAAAGAAGACGGAGGACUCCAUGGAUGGCUUUGGGACAGAACCUUGA